AUGAAUGACAAACUUGUCUUCUUGGGCCUGCUGUAUUUUGUCCAGGGCAUCCCCUAUGGUCUGCAGUCUUCCUUGCUUCCUGUCUACCUCCGUGGAGCUGGUCACUCUCUUACCCGUAUCGGCUUUACUAAGAUCCUCUACUUCCCCUGGGUCCUCAAGGUGCUUUGGGCACCUUUGAUUGACCGGAUUGGCACUAAGCGUCGCUGGCUGGUGUGGACUGUCUUGGGGUUGGCGCUGACAUGCCUCUCCAGUGCUGCCCUGGCCCCAGAGGCCCAUAUCUGGGGAGUAGCCGGAACCUUACUGACGAUGAACACCCUGGCAUCAGUCCAGGACAUUGCUGUAGAUGGUGCAGCUGUGGGACUGUUGAAAGGUCGCGGGGAGCUUGGCCUGGGAAACACAGCCCAGGUUGUGGGCUAUAAAGCUGGGUCUGUAUUUGCUGGAGGAGGCCUACUUGCUGUGAUCGAUGUGGCUGGAUGGAGCUGGAUGUUCAUGCUCCUGACAUUUGUAUACGCAGGCGUGGCUCUGUAUGUGUGGGGGGCCCCUGUACUGGAUGGUGAAGCUGUGAGAGGCCAGCAGGCAGAUGGCAGCAGGAGGACAGCCCAGGGAGCUGAAGGUGUGAGGCCAUGGAAGGUGUGGAGGAAGCUGCUGGCAGUACCUGGAACCCCUUGGACUGUACUGUAUGUGCUCACGUACAAACUGGGGGAACAAGGAGCUGUCACCAUGUUUCCCCUUUUCCUACUGGAUCACCACAUGACUGCCAGGGAGUUGGGCUUUUGGAACGGUGUUAUUGCCAUGGGCUUCUCAAUCUGUGGUUCCUCUCUGGGAGGCCUUCUGCUUGCUCAGUUCAGCAUGGGUGCUCUAAUGCGACGUGUGUUUGUGCUAAGAACCAUCAGCAUGGUCUUUCAGAGUUCUCUUCUCACUGUACUGGACCCAUCAUCACUUAUGAAAGGGAUGGCUGUCAUGAGUAUGAGCAUUCAACACUUCCUGGGUGGGCUCAUCACCACGCUCACCUUCACUACCAUGAUGCAUUGCACUCAAAGGGCUGAAGAGAGCAUUCAGGCAACCCACUACAGUUUCCUGGCGACGCUGGAGGUGCUGGGGAAGCUUCUGUUUGGUACUCUUGCCGGAGGUUUGGUGGAUUGGUUUGGAUUUCAAGUUGCCUUCCUGUUCUUCCUGACCCUGUCCGCUGGGACGGCUCUGCACGUCUGGACGGCUACCUUCACUGGUGUUCUCAGGGAACACCAGCUCAAAGAACAGCCCAAGUGAGAUCAAGAUCAGGCUCAAAUGUUUGCGCACAGGGCUUUGGCAGGGGCAAAAAAAGAAAAAAAAAACAAAAACAAAAAAAACCUACCACUAUUUUAGCACCUCAAACCUGCUUGAAUACUGAAUAGUAUUUAUUUAUAACUUUAGUCCAUUGCUGUCUCAGUUUCAGCAGUGUUGAACAUUUUAUGUUUCUUUUGUUGCCAUUUUAUGAAGGAUGAAUCAGCCAUGCAGCCGUGUAUUCUUACACUGGGUGCUCCUUUUAUUUGCACAGUCAUCACAAUUGGCCUUAUGUUUUACUUUGCAUUGGAAAGGUCUGGAAAAGUCUUAACUUUGGGCUUGAUGACAUUGUUAGGAAACUGAUAUGUUGAAUGCUAGAAUAGUUGGUUUAAUUUUUGCUGUUGUAAUAAUAAGACUGGGUCAUUAAGUCGGUGUGAAGAAUUAAUCUGGUGUAGGAUUUUGGGAUUUUAGGAGUAAAUAAAAUCAAGCCGUUUUUAUCAUCUGAGCCAUUUUGAUUGUUUUAAAGAGCCAGCAAUAAGAGCUGAAGCCGAAAGCAAUAGCACUACCUUGAGAUACUUAUUCUAUCACAUUGUACUGUACAUGAAUGUUAGUUGUUCACCUGAGUUCUAUGGUUUACAGUCAUAAAUGCAUUAAAAUCAACUACCUC